AUGAAUAGAAAUGGAGGUGUUAUUCGGCACAUUAUGGAAAGAGCCGAAUUCACGGUUAUCGUAGAAAAAUAUCCAUCAGCAAACCUUAAUAGUGAACUCUUGAAAACGUUUUCAUUGCCUCGAAUAUAUCAUAUGAUAAUUCUAAUAAAGAGAGCAUACACUCUUCAUGAGGUUUUAAGCAAAAUGAGUCAAUACAAAUAUGCAUUCGAUGGAAAAUUUUUAAUCGCUAUCACUGAUAUAAAUCCUGACGUAUUGGCAACUGUACGGGAACUAAAAGAUAUUUGCUGGCGAUUUAGAAUAAUUAACGUAAAUUUCAUCACUCACAAUUCUAAAAGCGGUAUUGAUGUAUACAGUUACAAUCCAUUUUUAGGCGAAACAAUUUAUCCUACUGGCGAAUGUAAUAGCAGCAUGGCAUAUUUAAAAUAUAACAUGUUUUCAUCAAAAACGAAGAACUUUCACGGUCACCCGUUUCUAAUAGCAUCGCUCAAUUACACAUUUUUUAUGAAUUUGAAACCAGUAAAUACAAAGAAAAGAUACACAAUGUCUGGAAUGGAGGGAGAUAUACUUAGUUUAAUUUGUGAAAAACUAAAUUUAACAUGCAUAGUAGCUUAUACGCAACCGAACGAAACAAGAAAUGUCAGAUAUCAAAAUGGAUCGUAUACGUGGGGUCUAGGAAGUUUAGAAAGACGUGACGUCGACUGCUCAAUUGGCUAUAAUGAAUUAAUUACAUUGGCAAUAGAUUCAUUCGAAUUCACCAGAUCGCAUUACAUAGCAGCAUUAUCCUGGGUAGUGUCUGCGCGGGAUCUUGUCAGUUCUUGGGCCAGACUUUACUUAUCUAUAAGAGGUGAAGUUUGGUUGAUCUUGAUCAUAUUCAUAUCGAUAGGCUGCGCGAUAAUAACUGUUGUGAAAUAUUUACCUGGACCAUACUACGAUUUAGUCUUCGGCGAAGGAAACAAUUAUCCUUUAUUCCACUUGUAUGCUGCGCUUUUAGGGCAUCCUAUUCCAAUCUGGCCAACUUUUAUCACGCGCUACAUGGCGCUGGUUUGGAUAUUAACAACAUUCAUCUUCAGAAUGUCUUAUCAAGGUGCAUCCGUGAAAUUCCUGAUAGGAGAUACGAAAGAACCGAUACCUCAUUCUGAAGAAGAAAUGGUAGCUCAAGGAUAUAAGUAUGUAAUACACGAUAGCUAUAAGCAAGUUUUUGAAAGCAAAAAUCGGCUGAUUCAGCCCGCUUAUGUAAAUAGAAGCAUUGAUAUUUUCAAAAUGUUGCUAUCAUCAAAGCAUAAAUAUGUCAGUUAUAGAUUUAAAGAUAUUAUUCAAUUUUAUAACCAGCAGCAUUCUCGUGAAGGGUUUUUGGAAACAACAAUGGGCGACGUAGAAUAUUCGUCACUCGUCAUGUAUUUUGCUCCCGGAUCUUUUUUUCGAAAAGAAAUUGAUCGACAAAUCAAGUACAUAAGGCAAAGUGGAAUGAUACAAAAAUUAAGAAAUGCUUACAUCAGACCAUAUAGUUGGAGUUGCAACAAAUAUUCGGCUCCUGCCAGGGCUUUACAAAGAAAAGAAGUAAGAGUGGGAUUUGAAGUAUUGAUUUAUGGUAAUAUUGCAGCACUUGCAAUAUUUAUCACGGAACAUUUAUAUAAAUAUUUUAUUCGAAAUUAA